AUGGCGCAAAAGCCAAAGCUGUCCCAGGUAAAGCAAAGAGCGCUGGAAGCCUUGCGAAACGACGCCAACUGGAACCGCGUCGCAAGAUGCAUCGGCCGCGCGUCACGGCGUCUGCCGUCAGCGACGGCCGACUACCUCGCGGAGAAGCUGCCCGUUGCUCAGUGGCUGCCGCACUACGACUACAGAUGGAUUGUCAGGGAUGCCAUCGGCGGCAUCACCGUUGGCGCGAUGCUGAUCCCGCAAGCCCUGGCCUACGCAAAGAUCGCCACCAUCAGCAUCGAAAACGGCCUCUACAGCAGCUUCUUCCCGCCUGCUCUGUAUUUCUUCCUGGGCACGUCAAAAGAGCUGUCGCCAGGGCCAACCUCCAUCCUCGGCCUGCUCACGGCAGAAAUCGUCGCCGACCUGGCCAACGAGGGCCACCAGCCCAACCACGUCGCAUCCGCCGUGGCCUUCGUGGUCGGCAUCUACGCCCUCGGCAUCGGGCUCCUGAAGCUCGGCUUCCUCAUCGACUUCGUCUCCAGCCCCGUCCUCACGGGCUGGAUCUCCGCCGUCGCCAUCGUCAUCAGCCUCGGCCAGCUUGAUUCGCUGCUCGGGCUCGACAGCCCCAGCGGCGCGGGGGACAUCGUGCGCGAAACCCUGCGCCAUCUCGACCGCGUCAAGCCGCUGACCCUGUGCAUCGGCGCGACCAGCAUCGCCCUCCUCUGCGCGCUCCAGCACGCCGGCCGGAGAUGGGGCAGCAACAGCAGGCCGUGCGUCAAGUUCCUCGGCACCAGCCGCGCCGUCGUCGCCCUCGUCGUCUUCACCCUCGUCUCGUACCUGUGCAACAGGAACCGCGGGGGCGACGACUUUCUCUGGGCCGUCAGCCGCGUCGACGCCCACGGCUUGCCGAGGCCCAAGGGCCACGAGGGGGCGCUGCUGAAAAAGGUCGUGUCGAGGUCGUUUGCGCCGCUGGUGGCCAUGUCUGUCGAGCAUCUCGGCGCCGGCAAGGCGUUUGGCCUGAGGAACGGCUACAACGUCGACACGAGCCAGGAGCUGGUGUUCCUGGGCGCCAGCAACAUGGUCAACAGCUUGUUCGGGGCCAUGCCGACUGGGGGCGGCAUGUCGCGUACGGCCGUCGGCUCCGACUGCAACGUCCACAGCCCCGUCAAUUCCCUCUUCACCUCUGGCUUUGUCAUCCUGACCUUGUAUCAGCUCGCCCCGGCUUUGUACUGGAUUCCAAAGGCGACGCUGUCGGCCAUAAUUAUCACGGCAGUGUCUCACCUCGUAGCCAGUCCAAGCCAGUUCUACCGGUUCUGGAAAAUGUCCUUGAUCGACUUUGUCGGCUCCAUGCUCGGUCUUUGGGUCACCCUCUUCACAUCUACCGAGGCCGGUCUCGCCACCGCCGUCGGCUUCACCAUCGUCUACACCCUUGUUCGGCUCGCCUUCCCGCGCUGGACUGACGCGCCCACCACCGAGCCCUCCGACGCUGGGCGCUCCGACGUCUCGGCCCCAUCCAGCGUGGACGUCCCCCCCGAGGCCUACCUCGUCCAGUACACCCAGGACAUCCUCUUCGCCAACGCCGAGCGGCUCAAGGCAUCCAUCAUCCAGUCCGUCAAGAUGCACUUCGACCCGCCCCGGGACACCGUCCUCCGCGCCGACAACAAAAGCACGGCGCGCGCGUGGAACCCUUCCGGCGAGAAGCGCAUCCUCAAGAUGCGCAAGCGCAAGGGCAUCACGCCCAUCAGUGGCGACCGAGCUCCCCUGCGGCGGGUCGUUCUCGACUUGACCCGCGUGUCCUUUGUGGACUGCACGGGCAUCAUGUCGCUGGACGAGAUGAAGAUGGAAGUGAGGAGGUACAUGGGACCAGAGGUGGCGUUUAGAUUCGUGGGCAUGGCCGACGAGGUCAGGGAGCGGUUCCGUCGGUCCGAGUGGGAGAUUGUUCUGCCAGGGCAGAAACGCGGCAAGAACGACGAUGUGCUGUACUCGUCUCUCAGGGCGGCAUUGUUGGACGAGGCGAGUGACGAGGAUGAGCCGGCCAGGGAGAAGGACGUGGAGGCGGCUUCGGCGUGA